AUGGUCCUGCUGACGACGGGGGGCAAGAGGCGACACGAAGAGCAGCCGAGAAAGAGUGUCCUCGCGGAGGGCAACGGCAGCUUGAUCGUGCAGACCACCGCAGGCCUCGUUCAGGGCGUCGAGAUCACGGCGCACGGAAGGACCUUGCACGCUUUUUACGGAAUACCUUACGCCGACCCACCCGUGGGAGAGCUGCGUUUUCUGCACCCCGUGCGAAGGACGCCCUCCACAAAUGUCAUAAUGGCGACCAAGAAGAGACCCGCUUGCCCGCAGGAGUCUUACUGGUUCAGCACGGAGUACGUCAACUCCUCGAGCUUCGACGAAGACUGUCUCCACCUUAACCUGUGGACGCCCAGCGUCCGCGCCAACGACGCGCUGCGCCCCGUUGUCGUGUACCUUCACGGCGGAGGCUUCCAAAAUGGCGGCAACAACCUGCACAUCUACGAUGGCAGCCAUUUUUCUGCGUUGGGUGACGUUGUGGUCGUGGUGCCCAAUUACAGGGUUAACGUGUUCGGCUUCUUGUACGUCGGUACGCCAGACGCCCCCGGUAACCAAGGCUUAUGGGACCAACGACUCGCGCUGCUCUGGGUGAGGGACAACGCGCGUGCUUUCGGCGGGGAUCCAGAGCAAGUAACGUUGAUGGGCCAGAGCGCGGGAUCGAUCUCGGUCGGCUAUCACGUGCUGUCUCCGCUCACACGACACCUAUUUCAGCGAGCCAUCAUGCAGAGUGGUACGCCCUUCUACAAGGUGGAAGAGAACCAAAUCACGGGACCAGAGAAGGCAAGACGAAUGGCGGCCAGGCUCUGCGGCCCACAUCUCCUUCGAAGGCCUAUGGCACACGUGGUUGAAUGUCUCAGGAAUCAGACGACACAGAAGCUCCUCGGUGCCGUCAAAAUGGUGUUAGGGCUCAAGGCGUCCUCUUUUAUACCUGUUUCCGGGGACGACCUGCUGCCUAAAGACCCACUGUCAACCAUGGCUAAUGGCAGUGCGCCUCCGGUGGACCUGCUGAUAGGUGUGAACGAGAACGAGGGUACAUACUUUCUGAACAAGCUGUAUCAAACCAUGGGCAUCACCGACCCUUUCGUUAUGAGCAACAGACAGCACGUCACUAUCGUGAAGCUCCUUGUCAACUACGCCCUCUGGGAGGCACCCGACGACCUCAUGGAGGGUCUACUGGCCAACGUUACCGACGGGACGUCAACGCCAGACAUAGUUCGACACUUGGCCGAUGGGAUCGGGGACGUGGCUAUGCGCUGCCCGACGCAGUACUUCUCGGAGUUUGUGCUGCGCCAGCGGGGCUCGCGCCUCUACCACUACGAGUACGGCUACCGGCCGCUCAAGGCGAACUUCUGGCCGCCCUGGAUGGGCGUCACGCACUUCGACGAGUUCCCUUUCGUCUGGGGAUACGUGUUCGACCGGCCCGAGCUGCUGACACCACGCGACGCGGACUUCAGCCAGAUGCUGAUCGGCCUCUGGAGCUCGUUCGUUCACAAUCGUACCAUGGAGGCAGGGAGGACGCUGUGGCCGCCGAAUGAGCGGCGGCUGGCCACCACCCUUCGACUCGUGGAGCAACCUCGGGUUCAGAGUGCUGGCUCGACGCAGACGUGCACCUUGCUACGCAAGUACAUCGUGCCUUACAGGCUGAACAACACGACACCGGAGCCUCCUCGUAGUGACGCUCAUCGACGCUGA